AUGUACCUCAGAGCGUUUCUACUCUCCCUCUUCCUAACAACAACCCUCGCCCUUCCAACCGCCAAAGUCAACAAGGUCUUCGCCCCAACGCCCCAUGAAACACCCGUCCAAGAUCUUGGCGAGGACACGGGCAGAAUCGGCGUGGACAAUGUCGACCUCUCCAACCUCCGCGUUGACCCUGUGCGCGUCAUUGAUAAAAUCUCGUCUUCCCCACGCAUGAUGCCGUCUCCACUAACGAAACGACGAGAAGUGCUGCGGGAGGAGGAAGACGGGAGGAUCAACAUAGCGAAAGAGAAGCGCUCGCAUAUCCAAGUCGACCCCGUCGAGGUCGACGUCCACAUUAUGAGGCCUUCGAUUCACACGAUGCCCAGCACCAAGGCGGCCAAGGUGGAGGAGGUCCAGAGGGAGACAGCAAAGGAGGAGCCCGACAAUGCGGCGAACGCGGAGCCGAAGCCUAAAUACAUUCCUAAGAGUUUCAGACUUGACUUCGCCUCCGGCGGGUGGUUUCGCCAAAUAUGA